UUGGCUCAUCUGAUCUGGUCCUUACUCUUUGCCUAUUUGAGUGUACAAAUUUUUAAAAACACUUGAACCAUCUAUACGUUUAACCAUGGUCUCAAUUAUUUAUUUUGAUUACUUUUGUACACCUUUAAACUCUCUUAUGCUCGCAAUCCAUCCUUAAAAGUACAAUGAUAAUUUCACAGUGUCAGUGAUCUCAUUUUAUUAGUUGCUUAACCACGUUAAUCAAGCUUUUUAUUGGUAGACUCAACAAUCAUUUUUUUGUAUUUUUGUUUCUUUGUUUCUUUUUCUAACACCUUGUUGGUUCAAAAAAUAUUUGAAAAUUUUGCUCCGCCAGGUUUCUUUGGUGUCUUUAAUCUGUACAUUAUUACGCCAACUGCAAGAUUAUUCCUUCAAUCUGCACAGCGACCUCAUAAUUUACUCACUUAGUUAAUCUGUUCUUUUGUACUUCUCAACUAAUGAUGUCUUCGGUAGGCUUAAUGAGUACGAUGUCUGGAGCAAGCUCAACCAAACUACCCAUGGUAAUUAAUGCACCACCCGGAGGAGAAUAUGCUUUCCUUAGCACUGUUAUCAGUGAUUUUGGGAGCAACGUUUCUACACAGCUUGGUGUCUCGGCACUUGCGUUUGAUAAUAUGGAAGAACUUCUCUGGAUGGGAAACACUGGAAGUCAUGUUACCUCUUAUUAUGGCUAUACAUUGCAAAAAUAUACCUCAUUCCAAGUUCACAGUGUUAACGACAUCAGAUCCUUACUGACAGCAGACUUUGGUCUUCUUUCAUUAACCCAAAAUACACUUCGAUUGAAUAUAAGACGUGGUUUGACAUUAUUUACUCAUAGUUCUGAAUUAUUGAAGGAUAUGCAAGCCAUGACCAUUCUUCCUUCUGGUUUGGUUCUCAUUGGCGGGCAGCAGAAACAAUUAAUCGAAUUCGACUUGGAAAGAAUCAAGCAAGUUAGAAUCACAGACAUAGAAGAAGAUGGCUGUGUUAUUAUCAGAAAACAUCCAAAAUUUGUAUGUUGUGGAGACAUUGCGGGCAAGAUCACUCUGCGAGAUCCGAACAGUCUUAAAAUUGCACAUAGCUUUUCCACACACUCUGUAACUCUUUCUGAUUUCGAUGUCCAUGGAAAUUAUCUGGUCAGCUGUGGUUACUCUAAUAGACAUCUUUAUGUACCUGACAGAUUCUUGAUGGUUUACGAUUUGCGAAUGAUGAGAGCUAUCAUGCCUAUCCAAAUGGUCUUUUCACCUUACCUCCUUCGUUUUGUACCCGCAUUUUCAUCAAGAUUUUGUGUAGUUUCUCAAACUGGACAGUUUCAAUUAUUGGAUGCUUCAGCCUCACUUCAAACACCUUUCAUCCAAAAUGUUGACUUGGCAACUGGUACUUCAAUAACUUCCUUCGAUAUUUCCAAUUCAGGACAAGCAUUAGCCUUUGCAGAUGAUGCUGGCAUAAUAUACCUUUAUGGCGCUAGUGAUGAGGUUGUUUUCAAUAAUUUCAGUCAACCCACAGAAUUUGCUGAUCCCGUUGAUCCUGCUCGACCAUUAUCUUUCAAUGACAUUAUAACUCCUUACUCGAUUAAUCCAAUGCCAGCUUACCGAGAUGAUAAACUUUUAGCUGACAUACCUGCUGAAUUAUGUAAAAAAGCAUACCGAUUACCUAAGCCUAUUGAUCCAGCCAUUUUAUCUAAUAUGAGAAUGGUUGGAAAUAUUUGUUAUGCUCCAAACCCAGGAGCCAAAGGUCGCAAUCAAAUGCCUUAUGCCAGCCCAGAGAACACCAAAGGAAGUAAAAACAAAUCUAGUAAGUUUUUCAUUUCAACUCAAUUCGAUAAUCUGUUUUCAAUACUAAGUUCUCAUUUAUCUAUCUUCUAUUUAACUAUGCUCACUAAAGACACAUCGUCUUCUGAAAUACCAAGUCGGUAUCUGACAAUUGAACCAAACUAUAACAAGGUAUCUUUAGACGAAUAUGACUUUGGACGGCACAAUCACUCUCCAUUUGCAAGUUUAGAUUCAACAUUACCCAACUCAUACGCUAAUAAUUUAAUCCAGACGCUCUAUUAUAUCCUACCUCUCCGAGCUACAGUUCUUAAUCAUCUCUGUAGAAGAGAAUUUUGCCUUACUUGUGAACUUGCCUUUCUUUUCCAUAUGAUUGACGAAAGUAGCUUUCAAAACCCUUGUCAAGCAACUAACUUCCUCCGUGCAUUUCGUCAGAUGCCUAAAGCAUCUGCUUUGACUCUCGUUUUACCUGAAGAUGACGAUUUGCGAAGGAAAGUCAACUUUCCCAGCUUGGCACAAAGUUGGUGGCGAUUUAUCCUUCACCAACUGCAUUCUGAACUUUCUUCUCCUGACGCAACUACUUACAACAAAGAGUCCCCAUCAACAUCAAUCAUCACAGAAUUAUUCGGAAUCCACGAAAAAUCCUCUUAUACUUGUAAAUGUGGUCAUGCCUGGGAGGAAGAAAAAAUGAAAUAUCCGACAACAUUGUUGCAUCCUGACAAUUCAAAAUACAACAAUUUCAAUAAAGAAGACAAAGCACCAACCAACAAUGAACUACAAAAUGAGAAUUAUCCAUUUCAAGAGCUGCUCAAGAAAAGUCUCAACAUGGAACAGAAUAUGUCUGCAUACUGUGAUAAAUGCAAUAAGUUUCAAUAUGUGGCCCAAAAGAGGCAAAUUGAAUCUCUGCCUGACAUUUUAUCGAUCAAUUCAGCUCUUGAUCAAGAGAAAGGACUCAAAUUCUGGAAAGCACAAGUCGCCAUUCUUGGUGGCAAUAAUGGACCCAAUAAACUUUUAGAUUUAGCUCCAGCCAAAAAGCCCUGUCGAUACGGCAACAAAUGUACUCGAGCUGAUUGCAAAUUUUGUCAUGAGAAAGAUAAAUGCAGUAUAGUUCCUCCACAAGAAAUUAAUAUGCCAUACUUGCCUAUGAAAAUGUUCAUGAAGCUCGAUGUUGAUGGCAAAUUAGACAUUUUAGUUGAAAAAAAUCCUGACGAUUCCGAUGACAGUUACAUUGAGUACGGUUUGAUGACAGUUGUUUCAGUUGUUCGUAAACCAGAUGAACUGGGUAAAGACAACAUAGUUGCAAUUAUAAAAGUGGAUGGAGAUUAUUUUAAAUUAAAGUCGAAAGAAGAAAUUCCAGAUAAAGACAACUGGUACUUAUUCAAUCAUUUUUGUAUUAGUCCGAUCCCGACUGAUGAAGUUGUGCACAUGGAUUUCAACUGGAAAACACCAGUUAUGAUUAUGUACAGCCGAAUGGAUCUGCUUAAAAAGUAUGAAAAUAAAUUGAAGAUUGUAAACCCGAUAACUGCAGAAGUUUUCCAAGACGAUCGUAAUCUUGCCCGUGGCCAUCGCAGCAGUAUUACUUUUACACCACUGUCAGCCGAUGAAAUGCCAAAGAAAGGAAAUAUUGUUGCUGUUGAUGCCGAAUUUGUUACACUUAAUCAAGCUGAAACUGAGUUCCGAAGUGAUGGAACUCGAGCCACAAUUAAACCACCGCAACGUUCAGUUGCCAGGAUAACUUGUAUUCGAGGAUCAGGAUUAUUGGAAGGACAACCGUUUCUUGACGAUUAUAUUGCAACUCAAGAUCAGGUUGCUGAUUAUAUGACCAAAUUCUCAGGAAUUCAACCGGGUGAUCUUGACAUUACGAUGUCUUCGAAACAUUUGACAACUCUUAAAUCUACUUACCUUAAACUUCGUUUCCUAAUCGAUACUGGCGUUGUUUUUGUGGGCCACGGAUUGAAAAAUGAUUUCCGAGUUAUCAAUUUAGUGGUUCCCCAAGAUCAGGUCAUCGAUACCGUACUGCUAUUCCAAUCACCUCAUUUUAAGAGAAUGGUUUCUUUAAGAUUUUUAGCUUGGCAUUUUCUUGGGGAAAAAAUUCAAUCGGAAACCCACGAUUCAAUUGAAGAUGCUAAAACAGCUUUACAACUUUAUCGUAAAUUUGAGGAGCUCAAGAGUCUUAGACGAGUUGAAUCAUCGGUAAAUGAACUUUAUGAUGCUGGAAGAAAUUGUGGUUGGAAGCUUCCAGGAACUGAAGAGGAAUAAGAAGACAUCUAUUGUUUCUUUUAAUCAGCUUCACCGAUUGAUAUUGAGUAUCAUGCCAAUCAUAUUUGGACAUCUAUCAAUUUGCAUCAUUAUCGUCAUCAUCAUCAUUGUUACACUAUUGUGGCUCAUCUUUCUUCAAAUACAAUCAACUCAAUCACAUUUUGAAAAGCGGGAGGACAAUAUUCCAUAUCAAACAUCUUCUAUUGAUGAUUUAAUUCCAAUUAUAUGUAAACUUUCUCUUGUUAUUUUUCCAUCGAAACUAUUUAUUUUUGCGCUUUCGCCCUUACCUUUUUAGCUAUUGUUUCUACUUCUAAAUGUGUCCAUAAUUAAUUUAAGUAAACAACAAGUCCUCACAUCUACAGAGCUUGCAGUUUCACUAUUAGUUUGAACAUAUAAAUAGAUUAAUCAUGGUAAAGAUAAAUUGAACAACUAAAAUACAAAUCAAAUGGAUACAGAAAAAUCGUUUUUCUUUAUCCAUUGAAUCAUUGUCUAUUCGCACUAAAUCAUUUCGUUAACUUGAUAUAGCUCUAAUAUUUUUUAUUAAAGUGAGUCUGUAAAUGUGUAGACUUUUUUGUCCUGCUUAUCAUCAAAUCCAUCUUCAUUCUCAUUCAGUGUCAUUAGUGAACCUGCUCCAAUUCAUAAUGAUCAUUGUUACAAUUUACCUAAUUUACCUCGUUUCUUUCAAACAUUCUCCUUCUUUAUAUUAAUCCAUUCAGUUGAUCACUUUUCACCCUUCAAGAGAUUAGCAUCAUUUUAUUUUUAAUCAACUAGAUAAUUUUUCUUGUUUCUUUGUUUACAAGCCAUUCAUUUCGUUUUAUUAUUAGUAAUUAUGAGAAUUAUUUUUGUAUUUCAAUCCAAUCAAUUCAAAACAAACACCUUUCCAAGACUGAAAAAAACUGAUAGUGAUUAACUGUAUUUAGAUACGUUUGUAUCAAUAGGAAGCCAACUUAAUCAGCUUUCACUUGAUAUGUAUUUCGUUUCAAGUUAUUAAAGUUAUUUUAAAACGAA